CGAAAGCAUUAUUACAUAAUAUAAUGGUUGAACAGAAUACAAAUGUAAACAUUUUACAAUUGGUAACCUAACUGAAGUGAAAAAAUAAUCCAAGAAGUAAUUUUGUCAUUCAAGUGUCAUUGUAACUAAUAUUAAGAUGAGAAGCAGAAGCAAUUCUGGGGUUCGUUUGGACCACUAUCAGAGGAUAGUUUAUCGAGUUAUAAUGAAACAUCAAAAUCCAGUAACGGGACUGUUUCCCUUAAGUGAAGAGAAUGACCAUGCUUGGAUCAGAAACAAUGUGUAUUGCAUAUUAGCAGUUUGGGGCCUAUCAAUGUCUUACAAGAAGAUGGCAGAUCAGGAUGAAGACAGGGCUAAAACGUAUGAGUUAGAACAGUCAUGUGUUAAAUUAAUGAGGGGCCUUUUGAUGUGCAUGAUGAGGCAAAAGGAUAAAGUGGAAAAGUUUAAAAUGACUCAAAAUUCUUCAGACUCACUGCACGCCAAGUACUCUUCUGUAACUGGUCAAACUGUAGUUAGUGAUAUGGAUUGGGGACAUUUGCAGAUUGAUGCUAUUAGUCUUUAUUUACUUAUCUUAGCUCAGAUGACUGCAUCUGGACUUCAAAUAAUUUUUAACUUGGAUGAGGUUUCAUUUGUACAGAAUUUAGUGUUUUACAUUGAAAGUGCUUAUUGCACUCCAGAUUAUGGGAUAUGGGAGAGAGGUGAUAAAACCAAUCAUGGCUUGCCAGAACUAAAUGCCAGCAGCAUUGGCAUGGCAAAAGCUGCACUUGAAGCUAUGAAUGAAUUGGACUUGUUUGGAGCUCGUGGUGGACCAUACAGUAUUAUUCAUGUCCUUGCAGAUGAAGCCCAAAAAUGUCAAGCAGUCCUACAAUCUAUGUUACCAAGAGAAUCCAGCUCAAAAGAAACUGAUAGUGGAAUUUUAUCAGUUAUUGGAUUUCCUGCAUUUGCUGUGGAUGAUCCUGUUUUAAUCAAUCUUACUAGAGGAAAUAUACUUAAGAAAUUACAAGGCCAUUAUGGAUGCAAAAGAUUCUUAAGAGAUGGAUAUAGGACACCUAAAGAAGAUCCUAACAGAUUAUAUUACGAGCCAUGGGAGCUUAGAGUUUUCGACAGUAUUGAAUGCGAAUGGCCGUUAUUUUUCUGUUAUUUAAUAUUAGACUACUGUUUCCAAGGAAAGAAAGAACUUGCCUCAGUAUAUACAGAUAUGUUAGAGGAGAUUAUGAUUAAAACUGAAGACGGUAUUAAAUUAGUUCCUGAAUUGUAUGCAGUUCCGCCACAAUUAGUGGAUGAGGAAUACAAAGAUCCAGGAAGCCAAACGCGAGUUGCUUUAGGUCAAUCACCGUUCCUUUGGGCACAAUCCCUUUACAUUGUCGGUAAACUUCUACAAGAGGGUUACCUCGCGGCUGGUGAAUUAGAUCCAUUAAAUAGGAGAUUGUGUGCUGAGAAAAAACCUGAUGUGGUUGUACAGGUUGUCAUUCUAGCAGAAGAUAAUGAAAUAAGAAAGAAAUUGUUAGAGCACGAUAUAUACGUACAAACAAUAGCAGAAGUUGCACCAAUUGAAGUACAACCAGCAAGGCUGUUAUCCCAUCUUUACACAUACUUAGGAAGAAACAAAAAGUUAGGUUUGAGUGGAAGAAAAUCUCGUGACGUGGGAAUAUUAAGUACCAGCAAAUUAUAUUCAAUGGGAGACCGGAUAUUUGCCUUUACUCCACAGUUUAGCGACAUGUCGCGCAAUUACAUCGCUUCAGAUUACGAACUGAUGAUAGAUAUUUUCAAGAGUGAACUCAAUUUCUUAAAAUCAAGUUGGCAAAAUAUGUUAGGACGGCCUCUGGUCACAAUUCCUGUAAGAAGUUUACAUUUAGAUCAAGGAAAAAUUCCGUUGGCUAUGAUAACGACUAUGAAGAAAUUAAAGUCCGGUUAUAUAAACGGCACACGAGUAACAUUGGGACAUUUUAGCGAUUUUCUUAGCACUAGUUGUUUAACAAACUUAAGUUUUCUGGGUUGCCACGAAGAGGGAAUGCCGGAUAAGUUGAAUCCGGAAGUGCAGCAAUAUUUGGAAGAACAUCUGAUGAAAUGUUUUUCAAACAAAGCGUCACUCUUAAUGGUAAAUCAUUCAGUCAGAAGGGGAAGAAAUAUGAGAAGACGAAUGUCUGUAAAAGGUUUAAUCAAACGAACGAGAUCAAUUAAUAUUGGUGAUGUUGAAAAACUUGGUAUUGAUCAAAGAUCUACCUUGGCUUGUGGCAGUCAAUCAGGCAUUCACACUAGAUCUCCUUCGCCAGAAGUAAAUUCAUGUCAUGACCAACCAAAGGAUAUACCUUCUAUUGUAAUUGCUGGUAUUGGAACAAGACACAGAACUCAAUCGGAAACCCAAUAUGCGGAUACAGAAGUCGAGGAAUUAUUUGCAAUGUUACGUGAAUCGGAAUCUUUGGAUGAGCAAGGUGACAUUUUACAAUAUUUGGUAGAUUCCAAAGGCUUAGAUUAUAAUACCGGAAUGUUGGAAUUUGGGAAAGUUGUCUGUGUGAGAGACUUACUAAAAGGAUUAUAUGAAAAAGCUUGUCAACAAAAGUUAUGGGGAUUGGUAAGGCAUACUGCUGGUAUGUUGGGUAAACGCGUCGAAGAUCUUGCUAAGGCAGUUACUGAUUUGCUGGUACGUCAGAAGCAAAUCACCAUUGGGAUGCCACCUAAUAACGAGCACACAAUAACGGCUCCAUUACCGGAAACUGAGUUGCGUUUAUGCAUUCAUGAAUCGUAUGGUGAAGACGAUAGUACUGCUAUGCUAACCCAAGAGCUUUUACUAUAUUUGGCAAUGUUUAUUAGAACGGAACCUCAGUUAUUUUGUGAAAUGUUACGACUAAGAGUAGGAUUAAUUAUUCAAGUUAUGGCCACAGAACUUUCACGCACCCUAAAAUGCGAUGGGGAAGACGCUACAGAACAUCUUCUGAAUCUAAGUCCUUUCGAAAUGAAGAAUUUACUGCACCACAUAAUUAGCGGUAAAGAGUUUGUUAUCAGCAGCGUUGGACGAGGGAAUUUUUCAAUUGUUAGUAGUAAAUCUAGUAAAAUAAGCAAGAAAAUCCAUAUUGGUUUGGGACCUGAAAACAGUAAUGAAGAAACUGUAGAAACCGAUAAGCAAGGUCAGUGGCUGAGAAGGCGUAGGUUAGAUGGAGCGUUGAAUAGGGUACCGAUAGAUUUUUAUCCGCGAGUUUGGGGUUUACUGGAGAAGUGUCAAGGUAUUCAUAUCGCCGAUAAAGUUCUCCCGAGAUCUUUGACCGAAGAAAUGACACCUGGAGAAUUGAAAUUUGCUUUAGCCGUUGAAACAGUGUUGAACACCAUUCCACAUCCAGAAUACAGACAGUUAAUUGUGGAAGCUUUAAUGGUGCUAACACUAGUUUCUGAACAUAACGUUACGCCGAAUUUGGGUAGAAUUAUCCAAGUCGAGCAGCUAGUACACAAUGCAAAUGGACUAUUCUUAAGUGAUCAGGUCAAUUGUAACGGAGAUGCGACUCUUUGCUGUGCAAAGAAUAAGGAAGAUAAAGAGACAACUGGAAUGGGUGGUUUGUUAUGUGGAGGUGCAGCUUACAUUUGUCAACAUUUUUAUGAUAGCGCUCCAAGUGGUUGUUUUGGAACAAUGACAUAUAUGGCUAGGGCAAUUGCAAUCAUUUUAGAUAAUAUGCCUAAAUGUGAAGAAGCAGAUUGUCCCAUUAGCUAAACAAUGAAUAUUUGUUGUAUAUAUUAGUAAUAGACUCGAUUUGUCAACAAUAAUAAUUGU